CCCGCAGACAGCCGUCGCGGCCUGAUGACGUCGCACAAUGGCCGGCCCCCGCGGGUAGUGGAGCCCGUUUGUUCCGCCCGCGUCGCGCCUCAAGCCGGAGCCUGUGAGGAGCGGAAGGGCUGAGGGACGUCUUCCCCGCGCCGCCCCGACUCCUGCGAAGCCGUGGCCCCCUCUCUGCCCUUGCGCUGAGAACCGUGGGUACCGAUGGAUGUGGCCGAGAGCCCUGACCGGGACCCUCGCUCUCCGGAGGAUGAGGAAGAGGAGCAGCAGGGGCUCUCGGACGAUGACAUCCUGAGGGAAAGUGGGUCUGAGCAGGACCUGGAUGGAGCGGAGGGGAGGGCUUCUGACUUGGAGGCUGAGGAGAGUGCCGCCCCGGGACUGAGCCAGGAGGAAGAGGAGAGUCACACUGACGAGGAGGACCGGGACUCCGAGGCUCAGGAGCUGAGCGGGGGCCCGGCCAGCCCCCCGCGGGCCAAGGGGGCCCGGGGGGAGGAGGACCGCACCAGCGACCUGAGGGACGAGGCCUCGUCGGUCACCAGGGACCUGGACGAGCACGAGUUAGACUACGACGAGGAGGUCCCCGAGGAGCCGGCCCCCGCCGCGCAGGAGGACGACACCGAGAAGGCCGGGCCCGAGGAGGACGAGGAGAGGGGAGAAGGGGCUCCCGGGGAGGACGGGAAGGCAGGCGUCCGCGGCGUGGAGGACAGGGAGCCCGUGGAGGCCGCCAAGGAGAAGAGGAAAGAGGACGACGACGGAGAGAUCGACGACGGAGAGAUCGACGAUGAUGACCUGGAGGAGGGUGAAGUGAAGGACCCCAGUGACAGGAAGGUGAGGCCUCGUCCCACCUGCCGAUUCUUCAUGAAAGAUGUUGUGACACCAUUGUCCACUCCUUCUUCACCAAUACCAAAUUCCAUACCAUUCAGAGGCCAGGUUAAAGGGAACUGUACCUGGGGCAUGAACUGCAGGUUUAUACACCCUGGAGUCAACGACAAGGGCAACUACUCCCUCAUCACCAAAGCCGAACCUUUCCCGCCCAACGGUGCCCCGCCUCUCGGACCUCACCCUCUGAUGCCUGCCAACCCGUGGGGUGGGCCAGUAGUUGAUGAAAUUUUGCCUCCACCCCCUCCAGAGCCCCCUACAGAGAGUGCUUGGGAGCGAGGACUCCGGCAUGCAAAGGAGGUUUUAAAAAAAGCAACCAUUCGAAAAGAACAAGAGCCUGACUUUGAAGAGAAAAGGUUUACGGUGACCAUUGGUGAAGAUGAACGGGAGUUUGACAAAGAAAACGAAGUUUUCCGAGACUGGAACUAUCGGAUCACGAGGGAUGUCAGAGACGCAGCACUUGAGCCUUACGCAGACCCGUAUUACGACUAUGAGAUAGAGCGGUUCUGGCGUGGCGGGCAGUACGAGAAUUUCCGGGUGCAGUACACAGAAGCGGAGCCGUACCAUAACUACCGGGAAAGGGAGCGGGAACGAGAGCGAGAGAACAGACAGCGGGAGCGGGAGCGCGAACGGGAGCGGGACCGGGAGCGCGAGCGGCGGCAGCGGGAGCGCGAGCGGGAGCGGGAGCGCGAGCGGGACAAGGAGCGGCAGCGGCGGAAGGAGGAGUGGGAGCGCGAGCGCGCCAAGCGGGACGAGAAGGACAGACAGCACCGUGAGCGCGACAAGGAGCGCGACAAGGAGAAGGAGAAGCCCAAGGCCCGCUCCCCGCAGCCACCGAGCCGUCAAGCUGAGCCACCAAAGAAGGAGACAGCCUCUGCCGGGCCCCAGGUGAAGAGAGCCGACGAGUGGAAGGACCCCUGGCGCCGGUCCAAGUCUCCCAAGAAGAAACUUGGGAUAUCGGUCUCCCCUAGCCGGGCACGACGGCGUCGGAAAACAUCAGCCUCGUCGGCCUCUGCCUCUAAUUCCUCCAGGUCCUCGUCGCGGUCGUCCUCCUACUCCGGCUCUGGCUCCUCCCGGUCCCGGUCCCGGUCCUCUUCCUACAGCUCCUACUCCAGCCGGUCUUCCAGACGCAGCUCGUUCUCAGGCAGCCGGUCCAGGUCCCGGUCCUUCUCCUCGUCCCCGUCCCCAUCCCCGACGCCUUCGCCGCACAGACCUGUCAGAACCAAGGGGGAGCCGGCUCCGCCUCCUGCAAAAGCAGGAGAGAAGCUGCUGAAGAAGCCAGCCCCACCUCCAGCCCCACCGCAGGCCCCCAAAACCACCGCUCCUGCCCCCGAGCCCGCCAAGCCCGGAGACCUUCGGGAAGCCAGGAGGAGGGAGCGGCAGGCCAGGAGCCCGCCCAGGAGGCGGACCGUCAGCGGCAGCGGCAGCGGCAGCAGCUACAGCGGCUCUAGUUCCAGAUCCAGGUCCCUGAGCGUGAGCAGCGUCUCCUCCGUGUCCAGCGCCACAUCGAGCAGCAGCUCAGCGCACAGCGUGGACUCGGACGACAUGUAUGCAGACCUGGCGAGCCCCGUGUCCUCGGCUAGCUCGCGCUCCCCCACCCCAGCCCAGGCCAAGAAGGAGAAAGGAAAGUCUAAGAAGGAAGACGGUGUGAAAGCAGAUAAGCGGAAGCGGGAUCCGUCCACGCAGCCGCCCAAACCCUCGAGAACCCCCGCGGGCGGCAGGUCCUCCCAGCAGCCCACGACCCCCCAGCAGGCGCCGCCCGGCCAGCCCCCACCGGCCGCGUUCAUCGCCCACAAGGAGAUCAAGUUGACUCUGCUGAACAAGGCUGCUGAUAAAGGGAGCAGGAAGCGCUACGAGCCCUCGGACAAGGACAGGCAGAGCCCACCUCCAGCCAAGCGGGCCAACCUCUCCCCGGACCGAGGUUCUCGGGACCGAAAGUCAGGUGGGAGACUCAGCUCCCCGAAGCCAGAGCGGCAGAGGGGCCAGAAUUCCAAGGCACCCGCGGCCCCAACAGACAGGAAGCGCCCGUUGUCCCCCCAGUCCAAGAGCUCCAGCAAGGUGACCAGUGUGCCCGGCAAGGCCUCAGACAGCAGUGCUGCCGCCGGCGCGUCCACAGGCACCAAGUCAGGGAAGGCCAGCACGCUGUCCCGGCGGGAGGAGCUGCUGAAGCAGCUGAAGGCCGUGGAGGACGCCAUUGCCCGCAAGCGGGCCAAGAUCCCCGGGAAGGUGUAGCCCGGCCUCUGCGCCCCGAGGCAGGGACUCACUUGUUUUUAUAAAUAGGGUAAGCGCAGCCAUUUUGGAUUUUGCAGUUAAUGUCUUAUUUUGGCUGUGAUUCUUUUUAAAAACUAAAAAAAAAAAAAAAAAGUUUCUCAGCUGGAAAAGAAGCCACACACGUAACGAAGAUGACGCUGAAUCCCAGACUGAAGCAGCCCCUUCGCAGAGCAGAAGUGCGGCGAGCCGGCUGGGCGGGCGGCCGCGCGGUGAGGACCGGCUCGAUUUUAUGUAAACGAGGAGUCCUCCCUCUGCUCGCCAGUCAGGCGUCCUCACCGCCCGGUGGGCCGCACCCUCGGCACCCGCCCUCCUCCCGUCGCCAGGAACACCAAGGCUGCCGAGCGUCCUCCCCGCCCCUGCCGCCCCCAGGAUCAAAAAGUAUAUAUAUAUUCUUGACUAAAGUCUGAUUGGGAAAUACUCCUGUCUUUUAUUUUAAGCAUCAAAUUGUUUUAGUUGAUUUAAAAAGGAAAAAAAAAAAUACAGAAAAGACCAAAAAAAAAAAAAAGGCCGAGGGUAUUGUUGGGCAUCUGUCAGAUGUGGAGGGUCUUUUUUUGAGGGGUCUCCUAAAAUAAAAUAUUUUGAUAAACA